UAGGAAAUAUUGGAGAGGGCUGCAUUGUAGGAUGCCGCACCUGCGGCCCUGCAGGGUGCUCUGGGUACCCUGCGAAUGAUAUGUUCUUCUUAGAGGGGGGUGGCGGAGGAGGGCGGUUUAAAAAGAGGUUAAUUAGAAGUGUUGCCCGAUAACUGGUGCUAGCAGGCUUCACUCUCCAGGGGGGUAUUACAGUCUUGUCGACCCUUCUUCAACAGAUAAUGGCCCCGAGUACGAUCGCGGCCCUGCUCGUCGGAGCCGCGGUAAGCUCGGCAUGCACAAUCCCGACCGAACCGCUCGGGAACAACAUCACCUAUCCCUUUCGCGCCCAGGUUCAGAACGCGAGCCGGCCUGAAGUACACAACAAGUACAUGAACCUGUUCGAGGCGGGCGGCGGUGACCGGCAUCUCUUCAUUGGCCCCGUUGGUGUGCCCACCUACGACUUGACUCUUGUCGCGGGUGUCAUCAACCAUGUCCCGAACGGCGUCCGGGCCGUGAUCGGGGGCGAAUACUCGGAAAUCGACCACACUACCAAGAUGUUCAUGACGGGCCGGGACGACCCCAGAGCCAUAUUCCAGCCGACCUACGCGUGCAAUCCAGUCACGGAUGGGCUCCAGAUCGAGUUGCGCUUUGUGACAUGGCAGGGCCAGCCCGAAGGCGGCCACAUCUGCGUCCGCUCGUCCUUUGAUGGCAGCCACGAGUUCCGGUACUCGCCUCCAGGCAACAGACUGAUCGACGUCAACCGCGAAUGCAUCAAGGUGACCCUCGUGGUGAUGCCCACCACCGACCUGCCACCCCCCGGUACGAGCACGACCUUGUCGACCAGCACCACCUCAGCCAGGCCGACCUCGACCUCCUCCUCGACCGCCACGUCCACGUCCACGCCCACGGGGUUGCCGACGCCGGCGCCCUUCACGGACCUCACGGACCUCGGGUUCCGCUUCGUGGGCUGCGCGCCCGAGGAGCGGUGGACCGACGACGGCGCGUUCCGCACGCUCCCGGACGCGACCGAGUCGUCCGACGACAUGACCAACCAGCGGUGCGUCGCCUUCUGCGCCGAGCGCGGGUUCCGGUACGCCGGCACCGAGUGGCGGCGCGAGUGCUGGUGCGGCGACGAGGUGGCGCCCACGCGCCGGCCCGCGACCACGCUCGAGAGCCUGGCCCGCUGCGACGACGGGUACCUGUGCACGGGCGACCCGGCGCAGAACUGCGGGGGCGACGCGUGGCUGAGCCUGUACGAGCGGUGCGAGGAAGGCGAGGCGUGCGAGAAUGAGGUUUUUACCUGAGCUGAGGCUGCGCCGAACGGGCUUGUGGAUGUUUUGUGAGAGAGAGGGAAAGGGGGGGAUUGGCUGCCGAAGGCGCCCCCGCGCCACGAGAGGGCCCAAUCUACCUACCUUCGGCGGUAAGGUAGUAGUUUUCUGUUGCGGUAUUAGUCAAUGAAAGGUAAAAAUUACUCAAAAAUACAAGAAUACAGCCAAGAAUCCGCUCCUCCGGGGCAGGAGGCACCUGCCGUUGCAGGCAGCAGUGAGAGGCCAGCACCAGUUCAAAUAACUAACCGCCACAUCUCAUCAUUGGCGUACUCUGUACGCAGUAUUGAAAAGGUGUAAUGUAAGUUGCGGCGGGUACCAUGCCACAAAGGAGCAUUCAAGCUUGGCUGAAGAGGGUGUGUGAUGAGAA